AUGCCUCCGACUACUUCCGACGUUUGGAAGUACUUUACACGUGCAAAUGAUCGAAAAUCGGCUAAGUGCAACCUGUGUGAGACUACCCUUGCUUAUUCUGGAGGAACUUCUAACCUCCGGAAUCAUCUCAAUGGAAAACAUCCAUCAAUUAACAGUGGAAAUACGGACGAUACAAAAAAGCAAACAUCUCUGUCAGCGUUUGUUUCAACACCGAAAAAAGUGUCAUCGUCUGAAAGUGAGAAAAUAACUCAGUCGAUAGCGAAUAUGGUUGUUAUGGAUUAUAUGCCACUAAGUGUCGUUGAAGGAGAAGGAUUUUUAAGUCUGAUGAAUACUGUAGUGCCAGUGUAUAAUGUGCCAUCCAGGAAUACUAUUCGUUCUCGGAUUGUUAAACGAUAUGAUAGUGAGAAGGACUUGCUAAAAUCAUCUCUCGCGAGUGUAUCUUCUGUUGCUGUAACAACUGACACGUGGACAUCCAAUGCAACAGAAAGCUACAUUACGGUCACAGAGCACCAUAUCGAUAAUGAGUGGCGCAUGAGGAGCAAUGUGCUGCUUACUCGUGCCAUGCCAGAGAGACAUACGGGGGCAAACUUGGCACGAAAACUUCAGGACUGCAUUUCUGAAUUCGGCCUCGUGGGGAAAGUUGAAACAUGUGUACAUGAUAACGCGAGAAACAUGGAUUGUGCUGGACGCAUAUGUGAUGAGUGGAGCGAUCUCGGUUGUUUUGGACAUACUUUGCAAUUGUGUAUAAAACCGGCGCUAGAACUACAGAGUGUUUCAAAAACGGUAGCUAAAUGUAGGAAACUUGUCGGCCACUUUAAACAUUCAACAACACUAACGGCCGAAAUGAGGAAACGCCAAGUUACACUGGGUGCUCCCGAGCACGAGCUUCAACAGGACGUUGUUACCCGAUGGAAUUCCACCUACUACAUGUUACAACGUGUAUCUGAGCAAAGACGCGUGUUAACGGACAUUAUGCUGGAUACUAGCAUCACAAGCAAGAAUGAUAGUGCGCUUCUGUUGAAGGAUCACGAAUGGGACAUUAUCAGUGAUCUCUGUGAUGUGUUACGUAUUCUCACGGACGUUACAACGUACAUGUGCUCUGAUCAGUAUGUGUCUUGCUCAGAGAUAUAUCCGAUCGUGUUUGGAUUAAUAAACGGUUGUCUCAAGUGA